AUGUUCAGCUCCAUCUCCCGAAUCCUCGGCCGCACUCCGCAAAAGAACUCGUCCCCCGGCCCGACGAGACCCUCUCCCGACGACCACGAUCGACAGCCCUUCCCCUCUACCGCUCCUCCUGGCAUCGACCUUCAGUUCUCAGAGAUGUCUCAGGAUUGGGGUCGCACAGAUGACGCCGACAAGGACGACGAGUACGACGGCCCCGAUGGCAUCAUCGAUGAGUACCCCGGCGACGCCGCCACCGAUGCUGCUACCGAUGACUACGUCGACCCCUUUGCAGACAUGGCCGCGUUCUCAACCCAGGUGAACGACGAAGACGAUGCCGCCCCAGCCUACGAGUCCGAGCCAGCCGAACCCGAGCCCAAGGCAAAGAAGGCGAAGAAGGCAAAGAAGAGCAAGAAGACCGAAGACAAGGAAACGCGCAAGUCGAAGCGCAAGUCCAAGAAGACCGACCCCUCAAGCUCUGCCGAUAAAUCUCUGCCCAGUCCGACUACGAGCGGGCGGGAGGAUGCAAGCGACGACGAAGCUCAGUCUAGCGAACGACUCGAGCUCAAGGUCGAGCCGGGCACCUCGUCCAUCCCCGUCCCGGAGAAGAAGAAGCGCAAGCGCAAGUCUUCAUCCAAGGCAGCGGACGCUGAACCCGCCGAGGCCGAGAGUGCCAAACCCAGAAAGAAGAGAAAGACCCGCAAGCCCUUGGAGGAUAUCGAGGACGACGAAAUGGAGACGCAGCCUGAGGAAAUGAUCCCCGACUCACCCUCCACUUCUCACGAGGUGGUUACCAAAUCGGAGCCCCAUUCUGUCGAUGUCGACCAAGACCUUACUCUUGACUACACCCUCCAGGACGAGCCUCAACAAUCCCAGCUUGUGAGCGUUUCAAGACAGCUAUUCCAGCCUGCGAAGGGAACUUCUACCGCAGCCGUGUCCAUGAGCGACGACGAUCGCGAAGUAUCGCUGUCCUCGCCCAGUGUCAUUGCCCAGAGGCGCAGAAGCAUGUCUCGCGGCUCUCAGAUUUCCACGUUUAGGCAGGGACUCUCUAGAGAGUCAACCGGUCUGCCCGACAGAAUCUCAGAGGCUGCGGAGUCGGCAGACGAGAAUGAAGCUGAAGAUGAGCCAUCCGAAGAACAUGGAAGCGCAGCGGCUGUUUCGGACAACUCGGAAGAUGAGUCGGCCUCUGACGCUGCCGGCGAUGUCAGCAUGGCAGAUGCCUCCGCGGUUGCCUCUGGAGCUCUUGUCGACGGGGAGUCUCAAGACGAUUUCGCUGACCAGCUGCCUCCCUCCUCUCAGCCGCCCAGGGAAGACACGCCGAGUGCCGAUGAAGACGCCAUGGACGUUGACGAGGAAGUCGCUGAUGCCCAGGAGGAAUCUGAAGAGCAAUCGGAACCGGAGGUUGAGCAGCCUCAUCUGCCAACGCCAAAGAGAGCAACUGCCCGCAAAGGUGCAACAACUACCACGACAGCCACUCCCGGAACCGCCCGCGGACGUAAGGCCAACCUUCUCAUCAACAUGUCAGACGCGAGCCACCAACCUAGCUCGGCACAAAAGUCAGCUCGAUCCACUUCAUCCAAGCGGCAACGCUCCAAGCCCACCUUCUUCGCCCAGGACGACGAAAACGAAGAAGAGGAAGCGGCUCAGGCGCCAACCUCGCCGGUGGCCUCUACGCAGAAACGAAGCAAGAAGGCCGCGUCCACCUCGGAGCCCAAGGCUUCGUCGGAGAAGAGGCCGAACUUGAAGGCGCGUUCCUUGAAAGCACAACCUUCAGCUGCUGCGACGCCCAAACCGAAGGCAAUCCGGCGUCUGCAAUCUAGGACUCCUUCAUCCGCCCCGAAUCUGGGCGGCUUGAGGGAGGGUCAGUUCAGCAUGGAGGAGAUCAACCGCCUCAACGCAAGGCUCAAGCUGUACCAAGAACGACAAGGGCUUUCUCGAGAGCAAUUGCUCGGCGUGAUUCACAUGAAGCACUCCAAGUCUGCUGAAGAUAAGGACAAGGGCCCUAAAUACGAUGGCGAACUUUUCAAAGAGUUUUGGGACUUCGUUAGCACCGCCUUUCCGGACAGAAAACGCCAAAGGGUCAUCGACACCACUCGACAAGAGUACCGCACGAACAUUCUGCGAGGCGGAGGCUGGACACCGCAAGAGGAUGCCAAGAUUCUCGAGCUGCACGAAAAAUACAACGGAUCAUGGGCGAAGAUUUCUAGUGAAAUCGGUCGAUUACCUACUGACAUUCGUGCCCGCUACAAAAAUUACCUUAUUUGCGGUCAUAUUGGCAACGAGCGAAAAGCCUGGACAAAAGACGAGGAGCAGGAACUUGUUGAGGCUGUGCUCACCGUCGCCCGUCGGAUGGAAAAGCCCUACCGCCGCGAAGUGACGAAACCCUUGGAUUACGUCAAUUGGCAAAGCGUCAGCGAUGAAAUGGGCCGAAAACGCACCCGUCUCCAGUGCAGCAGGAAGUGGAAGCAGAUGAAGAUUGAGCUGACCGAAGCCGAUCUGCGCGGAUCGAUGGAUGAUGUGCCGUGGCCCCUGAAGAAGUGCCGACUGCAGAUUCGAGAAAUGGCACCGGAGGACAAGUACAGAUUGGUCCAGUCGAUCUCCAAACAAGCUCCGGGCCCCGACAGCGCGAUCAAGUGGACGACACUAGUUGACGUCCAAUUCAGGAGGAAGUGGCACAAGGAUACUCUCAAGCUGCUGUGGUUCCGUCUGAAGCAGCAGGUCCCGCAGUGGAGGGAAAAGACAGUUAGAGACUGCGCCCGCUUCCUACUCGAUGACGCUGCAGAGAACCAUCCUGAGGGUUCCAAGUUCCUCACUGGCGGAGACGACAACUUGGAUGCGGACAGAGAGCUUAAGGUCAUCUCUGCCACCCGGAGGAAGGCCAACAAGGGCAAGGGCAAGCAGCCAGCGAGGGAACAGUCGGUCACCGGAAACGAGCUCAGCACUAUGCUGAUAACCGCGAGUGAUGCCGAAGAGGAUGAGGAGGACGAUGAGGACGACGAGACUCGCGCCUCGAAUGAGGCGACGAUACUCACACAAGACGAUACCCAGUUUUCAGAGUCGGCAUCCACGUCGCCGCGACUUGGAAUCGCCCCGUCGCUACUACCCCCAGGAACACAGCAGGCUAAUUCGGCCGAGCCCAGCCCUGCGAAGAAGCGGGUCAGGCUCUCGCGGGGAAAGACGGCGCGGGGCGCCAGCGAGGUUAAUGAGGAGGAGGACGACUCCCAAAACGGUACACCGACACAAUCACAGUUUGGCGACCGCGCAAUCCCUGACCGUCUCACGGAAAAGAAGAUGGUGGCCAGGCAGCGCAAGACGUCAGGUAGAGCACAGUCGGUAGCCUCGAUGCAGGUGGACUCUGUACAAAACAGCGAUGUCGACGAUGACAUGCCCGAGAUCCGGGUGCCCCCCUCGACGCAGCCGUCUAGAUUCAAGGCCAUCAACAGCAAGGCGGUGGCAUCGUCAUCGCAGGGCAACUUUGCCCGCAAGACUGGGUCAAAUGUGCUUCCCGGAGAGCCAGUCGAGGUGACUGAAGAGGUCAUGGCGGCGUUGGCUGAGGCGGAGAGCAGCGACUUCAGCGAGGAGGACGAGACUACGGAGGCUGCACCGGUAUCUGCUCGGCGCAGAAAGUAUAGGAAGCGUCCGCGCCGGGGCGAGGUGGCCGAGUCCCCAGCCUAG